UAAUUCUAGUCUCUCUCCGCCCUCCUCGUUUUCUCUUCGACUAUCCAUCAAUGACGGCAAAAUUUUAAGACACUGGGACAAAACCUUAUUACACCCAGCAUCGUUUUCGCCUCGUAUUGCAGUAUCUUGGCGACCUAGCCUGUGUUACUCAAUCCUCUUUCUAGAUCGAGCGGCGGGGAAGGAUUGAGUUUCGAGGGGUUAAAGAAUGGCUGCGGAAUUAGGGCAGAAGACGGUGGAGUUUUCGACGCUGGUGAGCCGAGCAGCAGACGAGUCGUACAUCUCGCUCAAGGAGCUGGUGGACAAGUCCAGAUCCUCCGACCUCACCGAUUCUGAUAAGAAGAUUGGGAUUCUCCAGUACAUCGUCAAGACCCAGCAGCGUAUGCUUCGCCUCAAUGUCCUAGCCAAAUGGUGUCAGCAGGUCCCCUUGAUACAUUACUGUCAACAACUCGCAUCGACAUUAUCAAGUCAUGAUACAUGUUUCACUCAAGCUGCAGAUUCAUUGUUUUUCAUGCAUGAAGGGCUACAACAAGCUCGUGCACCCAUCUAUGAUGUUCCUUCAGCAACAGAAAUUCUUCUUACUGGAUCAUAUAUGCGUUUGCCAAAAUGUAUAGAAGAUGUGGGCAUGCAGAGCACAUUAAAUGAAGAUCACCAAAAGCCAGCUUUAAAGAAGCUGGAUGUUCUUGUUAGGUCUAAACUCCUUGAGGCUUCUCUUCCACAGGAAUUUACUGAAGUUAAGGUUUUUGAUGGUACUGUUUUGCUUCGCGUGGAUGGGGAAUUUAAGGUUCUAGUUACUCUUGGCUACAGAGGUCACUUAUCGAUGUGGAGGAUAUUGCACCUGGACCUUCUUGUCGGCGAGAGAAGUGGUAUGAUGAAGCUUGAAGAAUCGCGGCGGCAUGCCCUUGGAGAUGAUCUGGAACGGAGAAUGACCACUGCAGACCACCCAUUCAUGACAUUGUACUCUAUUCUGCAUGAGCUCUGUGUUGCACUUGUCAUGGACACUGUUAUAAGGCAAGUUCAAACACUAAGGCAAGGAAGAUGGAAAGAUGCAAUUAGAUUUGAGCUCAUAUCUGAUGGCACUGUUGGACAAGGAGGGAGUGCUAGCUCCAUUCAAAUGAAUCAAGAUGGAGAAACGGAUUUUACUGGUUUAUGCACUCCUGGCUUAAAAGUUCUGUAUUGGCUGGAGUUUGAGAAAAGCGCCAGUACAUCUGACAUGGGAUCUUGUCCAUACAUAAAAAUUGAACCAGGUCCAGACCUGCAAAUAAAGUGCCUCCACACCACAUUUAUCAUUGACCCAAUGACUGGAAGGGAAGCACAAUUUUUCCUUGACCAAAGCUGCAUUGACAUUGAGAAGUUGCUUCUUAGAGCAAUCUGCUGUAACAGAUAUACUCGCUUGCUUGAAGUUUAUAAAGAACUGGAGAAAAGUGCUCAGGUCUGUCGAGGUCCUGGAGAUGUUCAGCUUAAGUUUCAGAGUGACAUUGAUGCUGAACACAAAAUGAGGGAUAACAAGAUUGAACUUGGAAAGUAUGACACUCAAGAAGUCUUGCUUGUACGUGCCUAUGGAUCCUCGUUUUUCUCACUCGGAAUAAACAUAAGGAUUGGACGCUUCAUUCUUCAGUCAUCUAAGAAUAUUAUAGCAUCAUCAGUACUUACUGAGCAUGAAGAUGCCCUAAACCAGGGGAGUAUGACUGCUGCCGAAGCUUUUAUAAGCUUGAGAAGCAAAAGCUUAUUGCACUUAUUUGCCUCUGUCGGAAGGUUUUUAGGCCUUGAGGUUUUUGAACAAAGUUUAGCAUCACUGAAGCUACCAAAGGAUAUUGUCAGUGGUCCAAACAUGUUGCUUAUGAGAUUCCCAGAAUGCGGCAGCUCUUAUUAUAUAUUGAUGCAACUUGAGAAGGAUUUCAAACCAGUUUUCAAGUUACUAGAAAUUCAAUCAGAUUCUUCUGGAAAACCUCAAUCAUUUGGUCAUUUAACCAAUGUCAUCCGUUCGAAAAGUGUUGAUAUUGGUCAGAUGCAGAUUUAUGAGGAUGGACUAAAUUUGAGUCUUCUCAAUUACAAUAAAUUGCUGUUAUCUUUGCGGUGCUGUAAUACUACCCAACAAUUUGAAAGCAGUGAUUUUUCUAAGUUUAGCUUGGAUGGUUCUACGGUUGGUUCUGCUCCUUCCAAUUUCUCAUCCAUUGUUGAUGAAGUGUUUGAACUAGAAAAAGGGUCCUCUCUUCCUUCUUUGAUUGGCGCUGCUACCUCGUCAAGGUUUUCCAGUUCUCCUGCUUCCCAUUUUGUUCCUGGAACAACAAAUUGUCAUAGUUCCAAACUUGGAACAUUAUCACCAAAAUGGGAAGGGGGAGUGCAGAUGUUACAGAGUAAUACUAUUAAUGCUUAUAAUAGUUCAAUUUACAAUGGGAUGGUGCAGUCAGGGUCCACUACUUCACCAUCCCCGUUUCCAGAAAGAAGUCAAACAAUGAAGAGACUGACGGCUUCCAAAUCCGAGCAAGAUUUAUUAUCUAUCAGGUCACCACAUCCUGGCAGGGUUGAAUCUUACGCAUCAAUGGGUGAAGAUCAGCUACCUCGGUCUGCUCAACUUUUAUCUCCACCAACCCGAGCUAACCUUCCAAUUCCUGCAUUAGUUGAAGCAUCUUGUGCCCCAAUGAACUCUCCUGCAGGGACAGUAUCUGCUAGCAUCAGAGCUUCGAUAUCUACCUCAUUAAUUACAAGCCCCCUAUCCCAAGCCACUGCAUCGGCUACAUGUACAAAUUCAAGUCAUGAUGCAGCUUCUAGACAAAAUAAAAUGCCCAGAAAGAGAACAGCUUCAGAUUUAUUAGAUUCACUUCCAUCACUUCAACUAAGAGAAUCUAAUGGGAGAUCUUACAAGAGAAGAAGGGUCAUGGAGUCGACUAGCACACAUAAUCUUCAGUCACAAAUUCGAAAUUCCUUCAAUAUGCCUGGUAAAACUGAUGGCUGUAGUUACACUGAUCUUGUAAAUGAAACUCACAAAGGCAAUGCACCUUCUACUGUAUAUGUUUCUGCUCUCCUUCAUGUUAUUAGGCAAUGCUCACUUUGUAUCAAACAUGCCCAACUUACUAGCCAGAUGGAUGCAAUUGACAUUCCAUUUGUUGAAGAGGUGGGACUCAGAAGUGCAUCCUCAAAGCUGUGGUUCCGAAUUCCUUUUGUUAGAGAUGACACAUGGCAGCACAUAUGUUUGCGGCUUGGGAGACCCGGAAGUAUGUAUUGGGAUGUCAAAAUCAUUGACCAUCACUUUCAGGACCUAUGGGAGCUUCAAAAAGGUGGGAAUAGUGCUUCAUGGGGGUCCGGAGUUCGAAUUGCCAACACUUCUGAUGUAGAUUCUCAUAUCCGUUAUGAUUCAGAGGGUGUUGUUUUGAGCUAUUAUUCUGUUGAGGCUGAUAGUAUCCGUAAACUAGUGGCUGAUAUACAAAGGCUCACUAAUGCUCGUGCAUUUGCACUUGGGAUGCGAAAGUUACUCGAGGAAAGAACAGAUGAAAAGUCGGAAGCAUGUAGUCCAAAUUUGGAUAGUAAACUACAAACUGGACUUAAAGGUGGUGCCAACUCGGUUGAUAAGACUUCAGACCAAUUGAGAAGGGCAUUUAAAAUUGAAGCUGUUGGACUUAUGAGUCUGUGGUUUAGUUAUGGUCAGGGUGUUGUUGCUCGUUUUGUUGUUGAAUGGCAAUCGGGUAAAGGGGGCUGCACAAUGCAUGUUUCACCUGACCAACUUUGGCCACAUACCAAGUUUCUUGAAGAUUUUAUUGAUGGAGCUGAGGUUGCGUCACUCUUAGAUUGCAUCCGUCUCACAGCUGGACCUUUGCAUGCUCUUGCAUCUGCAACACGACCUGCACGAGCUGCUCCUGUUUCGGGAGUUGCUGGUAUUGCAGCACCUGCUCCUUCUAUUUCAAAACAGACUGGUUAUCUGCCAUCCCAGGGGCAUUCACCAAUUAUCUCGAAUGCAAUUCCUAAUCAGCCUUCAUCAGGUCCUGGAAGUAAUCCUGGAGCAUCAAUUACUGGUCCUCUUGGAGCUCUAAACCACCCUACUGCUGCAAUGUUGGCUGCAGCUGCCUCUGCUGCCGGGAGAGGUGGCCCUGGUAUUGUUCCUAGUUCACUCUUACCUAUUGAUGUCUCUGUAGUGCUUCGUGGUCCCUACUGGAUUCGUAUCAUAUAUAGGAAACGUUUUGCUGUUGAUAUGAGGUGUUUUGCUGGAGAUCAAGUUUGGCUGCAACCAGCAACUCCGCCUAAAGGUGGUUCUACAGCGGGAGGGUCACUACCUUGUCCACAAUUUCGACCCUUUAUCAUGGAGCAUGUCGCUCAGGAAUUAAAUGGUAUAGAUUCUAACUUCUCUAGUGGUCAACAAGCAGUUGGGCUAGUGAAUUCAAGUAGUUCAAAUCUGAAUUCUGGAAACCAACUUACAGCUGUCAAUUCAAGCAGACCAAACCUUUCAAAUUCUGCCGUACUGGUCCGUUCCGGAAAUACUGUUUCUGCCCUGAAUCGUGUAGGAAAUGGUCUUCCACCAUCACCAAGUUUAUAUGGGAUGAAUCCAGGGAUGCCGUUACGCAGACCAUCUGGUACAGGUGUCCCUGCGCAUGUGAGGGGAGAACUCAAUACUGCAAUUAUUGGUCUUGGAGAUGAUGGAGGCUAUGGUGGUGGAUGGGUUCCUCUUGUUGCGCUUAAAAAGGUUCUUAGAGGCAUUCUUAAAUAUCUUGGAGUAUUGUGGCUUUUUGCACAGUUACCAGAUCUUCUAAAAGAGAUUUUGAGGUCAAUUCUUAAGGAUAAUGAGGGCUCACUAUUGAAUUUAGAUGAAGAACAGCCUGCCUUGCGCUUCUUUGUUGGAGGCUACGUUUUCGCUGUUAGCGUACACAGAGUUCAACUUCUUCUUCAGGUCCUCAGUGUGAAGAAGUUUCAUCACUCCCAACAACAGCAGCAGCAGCAAAAUCCUUCAGCUGCCCUGGAGGAACUGUCUCAAUCUGAAAUCGGAGAGAUAUGUGACUACUUCUGCCGUCGUGUUGCAUCAGAGCCAUACGAUGCAUCCCGUGUUGCUUCAUUCAUAACACUUUUAACUUUACCGAUUUCGGUUUUGAGAGAAUUCUUGAAACUCAUUGCGUGGAAGAAAGGGUUGGCCCAAAUUCAAGGGGUGGCUGAUGUUGUCCCCCCUGCACAGAAAUCACGUAUAGAACUGUGUCUUGAGAGCCACACUGGAUGUGGUGUGGAUGGGGGAGGGAGCUACGAGACCACAAAAAGCAAUAUCCACUAUGACCGGCCUCGUAACUCUGUUGAAUUUGCGCUGACGGUGGUCCUUGAUCCCGCUCACAUACCUCACAUAAAUGCUGCCGGUGGUGCUGCUUGGCUGCCAUAUUGCGUUUCUGUUAGAUUGCGAUACGUGUUUGGUGAUAAUCCUACAGUGUCGUUUCUCCGAAUGGAAGGCAGCCAUGGUGGUAGGGCAUGCUGGUUGCGAGCUGAUGAUUGGGAGAAAUGCAAACAGAGGGUGGCCAGGAUCGCCGAUGCAAGCAGCUCUGCCGGUGAUGUGAACCAAGGAAGGCUCAGGGUUGUUGCAGAUAACAUUCAGAGAACGCUGCAUGCUUGCCUUCAAGGACUGAGAGAAGGUAGUAGUAGUAAUAGUGGUGGUAGUGUGCCAUUGGGAAAUAUUGGAUCUUGAUAUGACUGAUAAUACUGCUGCAAUAGACAUCCCUACCUGAUUGAGUGAGCUAAAGCAGCAGCAGCAGCAUGCCACUGUGAUCAGAAUAACACUACACCAUUUGGAUUCCGUGAAGCUUGAAUCCUUCCCAUGUACAGCUAAAAUGUUUUGUAAAAUCAAUGGUCGUCCCUCAUAUAUGAUUUAGUUAGUUCUAGACAACACCAGGGGCAUUGUUGCUUUGCAUCACUGCUCCAUAAAUAUCACAAGCACACUGUAAAUUUGUAGGCUGAAAUUUUGGUCGUAAGUUUUGCUCUUUUACCCCUUGUUUAUUUCGGCGUAGUAUUUAUCGUUCCUAAAUCCUAAGAAGGUGGUGUUUACUGUCUGCGGCUGUAAAUGCAAUUCUUUCGUUUGCUCUUCCAUUUAAGAGAAAUGCUAGAGGUACCCCAAAAUGGGGUACCCCAUUUGUACCUCACUAUAUGAGUGGCUCACAAAACCCCAACCCCACAAAAUAAUUGCCCCACUUAAUUCAUUGCUUUUUUU